UUUUUCUCUCUCUCUCUCUGGUCGUUUCUGAACCGGGUCGAACCGAGCCGGAAAUAUGGGAGUGCCAGCGUUUUACCGGUGGCUCGCGGACCGGUACCCGCUCUCGAUUGUCGAUGUUGUGGAGGAAGAACCCUCCACCGGCGACGGCGGUGUUCCGUUUCCCGUUGAUGUGUCUAAACCUAAUCCCAAUGGCAUGGAGUUCGACAACUUAUACUUGGACAUGAACGGUAUCAUUCACCCUUGUUUUCACCCUGAUGGCAAGCCAGCACCUGCUACCUAUAAUGAUGUAUUCAAAUCAAUCUUUGACUACAUCGACCAUCUCUUUUCAUUGGUUCGCCCAAGGAAGCUUCUUUAUCUUGCAAUUGAUGGCGUUGCACCAAGAGCCAAAAUGAACCAGCAACGUUCUCGGCGUUUCCGAGCUGCAAAAGAUGCAGCUGAGGCAGAAGCUGAAGAGGAAAGGCUUAGGAAAGAAUUUGAGGGCGAGAUAGAACUUUUGUCUUUGAAAGACAAGCCUGAGACUUCUGACUCAAAUGUCAUUACCCCUGGCACUCAAUUUAUGGCAGUGAUGUCAGUGGCUCUUCAGUAUUAUAUACAGACUAGAUUGAACUACAACCCUGGCUGGCGGUAUACAAAGGUUAUACUUUCUGAUUCAAAUGUUCCUGGUGAGGGAGAACAUAAAAUAAUGGAAUACAUCCGACUACAGCGUAACAUUCCUGGAUUUAAUCCAAAUACUCGACACUGUUUGUAUGGAUUGGAUGCUGAUUUGAUUAUGCUGUCCUUAGCUACACAUGAGGUUCAUUUCUCAAUAUUGAGGGAGGUAAUUACUUUCCCUGGACAACAGGAGAAGUGUUAUACAUGUGGUCAAGUUGGCCAUUUUGCAGCUGAGUGUCGUGGUAAGCCAGGUGAUAAAUCUGAGGACUGGAAUCCUGUUGAUGAUACCCCAAUUCACAAGAAGAAAUAUCAGUUUCUUAACAUCUGGGUGCUGCGUGAAUAUUUGCAAUAUGAAUUGGAGAUUCCCAACCCUCCUUUUGAGAUUGACUUUGAACGCAUAGUUGAUGAUUUUGUAUUUCUAUGCUUCUUUGUUGGCAAUGACUUUCUUCCACAUAUGCCAACAUUAGAGAUCCGGGAGGGGGCUGUGAAUUUAUUGAUGCAUAUUUACAGAAAAGAAUUCACUGCCAUGGGUGGUUAUCUUACUGAUGCGGGUGAGGUUUUCUUAGAGAGAGUGGAACAUUUUAUUCAGUCUGUUGCCGUUCAUGAAGAUCAAAUAUUUCAGAAACGAGUUCGGAUUCAGCAGGUUACAGAAAUCAAUGAAGAGAUGAAAGCUAGGGCAAGAGGAGAAAUGCCUGAAGAGCCACGGGCCUCAGUUGUGGAUAAGGUUAAGUUAGGAGAGGCUGGAUACAAGGAAAGGUAUUAUGCUGAAAAAUUUGGUCCAUUGGAUCCGGAGGAGAUUGACAAAAUUAAGAAAGACACCGUCCUGAAAUAUGUUGAAGGCCUUUGUUGGGUUUGCCGGUAUUACUAUCAGGGUGUCUGCUCAUGGCAAUGGUACUACCCAUACCAUUACGCUCCUUUUGCUUCUGAUCUUAAAGAUCUAGCUGAUCUGGAAAUAACCUUUUUUUUGGGAGAACCAUUUAAACCAUUUGAUCAGCUCAUGGGGACCCUGCCUGCUUCAAGUUCAAGUGCACUGCCUGAAAAAUAUAGGGAUUUGAUGAUUGAUCCUUCAUCACCUAUUUUUCAAUUCUACCCUGCUGAUUUUGAGAUUGAUAUGAAUGGCAAACGAUUUGCAUGGCAGGGCGUUGCCAAGUUGCCGUUCAUUGAUGAGAAGAAAUUGCUUACUGCCACGAGGAAGCUUGAAGGAACAUUAACGGAGGAGGAACAGCUUCGAAACAGUAAGAUGCUUGAUUUGCUUUACGUCAACUGUGCGCAUAAUUUGGCUCCAUAUAUCUUAUCGUAUUACCAAUACUAUAGUCAUUCUCCUAUGCAUGAAAGACCUCUUUGGCCAAUUGACCCAAAUGCUAGCAGUGGUGGUAUGAAUGGAUAUCUUUGGUUAUAUGAAAGAAAUGCGCUCAGAACUGUUGUAUCCUCUCCCAUCAAGGGAUUGCAAGACAUUGAGUAUAAUCAAGUUUUAAAUAUUACUUAUCUUAGUCCUCAUAGACAUAGACAUAUCCCCAAACCUCCGGAUGGUGUAGUAAUGCCCAAAAAGAUAAUAAAAGCUAUUGAUAUCAAACCGGUUCCUGUGCUAUGGCACGAUGACAAUGGUGGUCGGCGACAGCAAGGGAGAGAAAGGCCACAAGUACCUGGAGCAAUAGCUGGCCCUCAACUGGGAGAAGCAGCACAUCGUCUUGUCAAGAACUCCCUUAAUGUUAGAUUGAAUAAUACAUCCCAAGGAUUGCCGGAACUUCCAGGCCAUCAUACAAUGAACAAGUUCAGAUCACCUGGACCCUCUGGAUCGGGAAAAUAUUAUGGGGAGGACCCAAGCGGUUAUUAUGGACACUAUUAUAAUCACCAGGGCAUAAUUUCUAGGCCUAGAUAUCCAAUCUCAUCUAACGGUGGACAAAAUGACAGACAGAAUUUUAGGAUACAAGAUAGGUCGCAACAUCAUGAACAGUUCCACAACAUGAAAACUGGGUUUAAUGCUUUGUCAAUGGAGGAAGGUGUGAGACCUAGGUCAUCUGCAGUGCCUUCACCAAAACCUGCAAUGAUUUUAAUGAGGCCGCCAAGUUCAGGGCCAACAAUCAAUCUGCAACACCAAUUUGUGCAGAACAUGGGUCCUCCUAUACCACCACCGAAGUGGAUUACUAGAGCACCGGAUACGAACGGAGUAUAUACUGGGCAUCAAGAAGCUGCAUUGGGGGGAGCUUAUGAUAAGCAAAUGAAGGUGUACCAAGUUAAAACUCGUCAACCCCAAGAUAUGCCAGAGUAUGGGACUCAAUAGUGAUUAUUGUGGAUUUCAUUACCGAAGUGCAAUUGCUUCUUGUUCCUCAAAUCGGAGCUCAUUCAAGUUCAAUUCAACAAUGGAAUUUCAGGGGGCAUUUAUUUGAUGCCGUAAAUCAAUAGGCAGUCAAAUGCUGAUCAAAGCUUUCAAUAACACUAAUUUGCAGUGAAGGAGUUGCUACGAUCAGCCUCCAGUAGACAAGGGCUCUUCGUUGAUAGUUGUCCAGGCCAAACCAAUUGGAAAGUUGCGAGAGUUUUAAGGUGUCACAAAUUUCUUGCUUUUCAAGUUAUAAAAUUUAUUCAUGCAGCUGGUCGAGGCCGAUGGAGGAUAUCAGCUAUGAGUAUUGUAAAAAACUUGGUAGUGCUGAUUUUGCUGUCGACGGUAUGAGUAGGGUAGGGUGGCUUGUUAUAAAAUCCCGUUGGGCUCACAGGAGCACUUUUUAUCCUGUGCGGUACCUGACUUGGUGUAGAAUAAAAAGAAGAAGAAAAUCGUCGUUUCUUUUUGUUUUUUGUUUUACUCUCUUUUUUAUUGUCCACAUGAAACUCUGAAUGUUAAUGUUGCUCUUAUUUUAAUUUAA